GGUACGCCUGAGUCUAGACAAGAUGGCGUAUGCGGUUGUUUUGCUGCAAUGAUAGUUUACGAAAUACAGUGUUUUUUCGUCUGAAUUUACUUAAUUUCGGUAGCGCGUUAGCUUUUUAAGUGUUUGUUAGACGACGCGAAGUCACAGAGUGUCCGACAUGAAAGGAAAGGAGCGGUCGCCCGUGAAAAAGCGUCCAAGGGCCUUGGAUGAUAUACGAGACAGAGGAGGAAGCCAUCCGACCAGCAAGAAAAUGGGGGUCAUUUCCAUUUCUGGUGGAAGCAACAAUGGCAACAGUUCCUCCAAAAGUGAAGGAGGCUCGGCAAGAAGGAGUUUGCUGGGCGACAAAAGAGACAGUCGGGACUUUGACGGACACGUUUCUAGUCGCACUGGAAACAGCCACAGCUACACCAGCCCCGUUGCUAGCAGCGCUAGCAGCAAGAACCACAACUCGAGUCUGUCCCUCGAAGCGGCCGCCAGGAGCAAUUCUCGCGCCGAGCAACGAACUCAGCUUCCUGCGAACGAAAGUGAGUACAAAACGCUGAAAAUAAGUGAACUGGGGUCGCAGUUGAGCGACGAGGAAAUUGAAGACGGUCUCUUCCAUGAGUUCAAAAAAUUCGGUGACGUGAGUGUUAAAAUUAGCCGUGUGAACGACGAGAGAAUCGCUUUUGUGAACUUCAGGAGGCCAGACGAUGCCAGAGCUGCGAAACAUGCUCGAGGCCGGUUGGUGCUGUAUGACCGUCCUUUGAAAAUAGAGGCGGUGUACAUGAACAGGAGGAGAAGUCGCUCUCCAGUGGAGAAAGACCACUUUUCUGCGGUGGCUGGCCACAGACAUUUGCACACCCAGAGGCCGCUGUCCCCGACUGGACUGGGUUAUAGAGACUACAGGUUACAGCAGCUAGCCCUCGGUCGACUUCCUCCACCCCCUCCCCCUCCUUUACCCAGGGAGCUGGAAAGAGAAAGAGAGUUUGCUUUUUACGAAGCAAGAGCAAGACCUGCUUACAUUGCUGAGCGGGCCGCCGCGUUCCGCGAGGAGGAUUUUAUCUCUCCAGAAGACGACCAAAGAGCCAACCGAACUUUGUUUUUGGGUAACUUGGACAUCACGGUCACAGAGAGCGAUCUGAGGAGGGCUUUUGACAGGUUCGGGACCAUCACUGAGGUGGACAUCAAGAGGCCCACCCGCGGUCAGAACAGCACGUAUGGCUUUCUUAAGUUUGAGAACUUGGACAUGGCUCACAGAGCAAAGAUCAGCAUGUCUGGGAAAGUGGUUGGCCGAAAUGCUAUUAAAAUCGGCUAUGGAAAAGCAACUCCAACAACGCGACUCUGGGUUGGGGGCCUCGGACCUUGGGUUCCUCUUGCUGCAUUAGCAAGGGAAUUUGACCGCUUUGGCACUAUUAGGACUAUAGACUACAGAAAAGGGGACACAUGGGCCUACAUUCAGUAUGAAAGCUUGGAUGCAGCUCAGGCAGCCUGCACCCACAUGCGUGGCUUUCCUCUGGGCGGACCAGACAGACGGCUGAGGGUGGACUUCGCUGACACAGAGCAUCGCUACCAGCAGCAGUUCUUACAGCCACUGCCACUGCCACACUAUGACCUUGUGACGGAAUCCUUCGUCCACCGUGCCACUCCUGAAGCGAUCAGGGUCAGAGAAAGGACUCCCCCGCCGCUGCACUUUAGAGAGAGAGAGCUCUAUGCUGGAGCUGAAUGGCCAGCUCCUGCCAUUCGUGAACGAGUAAGGACUCCUGCAUUCGAACCCCUGGAGCACUUAGAACGUGAGCGACGGCCAAGAGAGCCCUGGUCACUGGAGCGCGAGCUGCCUGGCAGGGAUGCUGCGCGCAAACGGCGCCUCCUGGAGGACGGGCGCCACCUGGAGUGUUCGCCUGACAGCAGCAGCGAGUGGGCAGCCCGGCGCCGCAGACCUCCUUCUCUGGAGGGCAGCCCUGGAGGCAGCAGCCGCGAUGGCCGUUUGAGUGACUCGGAACGUCCGCUUAGGACCGAGCGACCAUCCCCGGCACGAGAGCGCCGCAGCAGCUUGGACAGAGGGCCUGGGGAAAAGCGCCUCAAAAGCAGCAGCAGCCUGUCAGAGUCCAGCAUCGGAACAAGCCCAUCAGAGAGAAAGCGCAAAGCAGGGGAAGCAAGUAAAGGCCCCUCAAAGAGAGAGCGAGCUGAGGGGGGCUCCAAGAGCAGCCAGUCGUCCAAGCAAGACUCUGGCGGAAAACUGAGCAUGGCCUGGAAUGGCAUGCUGCUGCUUAAGAACAGCAACUUCCCAGCCAGCAUGCACAUCCUGGAGGGCGACCUGAACGUGGCCAGCAGCCUCCUUGUCGACGGCACCACAGGAGGCAAGGUCACCCAACUCCGCAUCACGCAGCGCCUCCGACUCGACCAGCCCAAGAUGGAUGAAGUGUCUCGUCGCAUCAAAGUCGCAGGCCCGGGCGGGUAUGCAAUCCUUCUAGCAGUUCCUGGCAGCUCCGAGGACACAUCAUCCUCAUCUUCAACAGAUCCAGCAGCAUCAACACAGCGGCCCCUGCGCAACCUUGUGUCAUACCUGAAGCAAAAGCAGGCAGCCGGGGUUAUCAGCCUGCCUGUUGGGGGCAGUCGCGAUAAGGACAACACGGGGGUGCUUCACGCCUUUCCGCCCUGUGAUUUCUCUCAGCAGUUCUUAGAUUCCUCUGCAAAAGCUCUUGCCAAAACAGAAGAGGACUACCUGGUCAUGAUCAUCGUCCGCGGAGCAUCUUAACAAUCAGAACACACCAAAAAAAGCAUUGUUUAAAA